AUGGCGGCUUCUACACAUACAAAAGAGAUGAAGAACCCUUCGAUCGUAUUGUACGGAGCUGGCGACGCAAAACUUCAAGAUACACCCGUACCAGAAAUCGUAGAUUCCCACGAUGUCCUCGUUCGGAUCGCCUUCGUUGGAGUAUGCGGAAGCGAUGUCCACUUCUACCGCCACGGUGGCAUAUCCCGUAUGGUCGACCCCUCCGUGGGCAUAACCAUGGGCCACGAGGCUUCCGGGGUAAUCGCAGCCGUUGGGAAAGCUGUGACAAGUGUAGCCGUAGGCGACCACGUCGCCAUCGAGCCCGGUCAGCCCUGCCGCUACUGCCGCCCCUGCAAAUCCGGAACCUACCACCUCUGCAAAAACAUGCGGUUUGCCGCCGACCCCGGACCGCCCGUCACGCCCGGCACGUUAUCAAAGUACUACUGUAUCGCCGAGGACUUCGUGUACAAAGUACCCUCUAGUAUCAGCCUGGAAGAAACGGUCCUAGUAGAGCCGACAAGUGUAGCAGUUCAUGCUGUGAAGCUGGGGGACGUGAGGCCUGGGGAGACGGUUGUGGUGAUGGGGAGUGGGACUAUUGGACUGCUGGUUGCGAGCGUGGUAAGGCAGUUUGGUGCGCAUAGGAUUAUCUUGGUGGAUAUUCUGGACCGGAAGUUAGAUUUCGCAAGGACGUAUUUGAACUGUGAUACAUUCAGGCCGGACACCGCACACACGCCCGAGCAGAACGCUGCGGCACUUCUGGAAUCUACCGGCCUGGAGGAGGUCGACACGGUGAUUGAGUGCUCCGGUGCACCCUCGUCCAUCGAGACGGGCAUCUACAUCCUGCGCGGCGGAGGGAAGUACGUGCAGACUGGGAUGGGGCGGCCGAAGAUCGAGUUUCCCAUGACAGUAAUGAGCGAGAAGGAAUUGCUCGUGAAGGGCUGCUUCCGGUACAGUGCUGGCGACUACGAGUUGGCUGUCAGCAUGAUAUCAAAGGGCCUCAUCGAUGUGAAGCCACUGAUAUCGUCGACGAGUAAGUUCGAGGAUGCGACGGUUGCAUGGGAGAAGACGGCGAACGGGGAGGGGAUUAAGAACUUGAUAAGGGGCGUACAGGAUUGA